AUGUUAAAUACUCCUCAAUGGCUAGCUGGAAAACUAACAUCAAAUAUGUUUGAUAAAUGUGAAGUAUCCGCAUGUACAUUUUAUCAUAAAACACCAUUUAAAUAUGUCAAUGAAAGUGAUGCUGUUAUUUUGUAUGCAGUGGGAUACUCAUCCAAAAGAUGGUUGGCACGAAAACCCAAAAAUGGACAGAUUUGGAUAUUUGCCGUGUGGGAGUCUCCAUACUUUUCGUAUUCAGGAGAAUUUAAUAAAGAAAUAUUUAAAAAUAAGGUAAAUUGGACUAUGACUUAUCGACUUGACUCGGAUAUCCCAGCACCUUAUGGUAUUGUGAAGAAAACUAGUGAACAGUUUACAAAUUACACAAAAAUUAUGGCAGAGAAAACAAAAUUGGCAGCUCAAUUAGUAAGUCAUUGUCCAACGCCAAGUUUACGUGAACGAUAUGUCAAAUCGUUAGAAAAAUAUAUACCAGUACAGGUUUAUGGGCGAUGUGGACCCGAGAAGAAAAGGAUUAAAGAUACACAUUUAAUUCAAAAAAUUGAAAAAUCUUAUAAGUUUUAUUUAGCUUUUGAAAAUUCUUUGUGUCGUGAUUAUGUUACUGAAAAAUUUUUUGACUGGCAAAAUAAAAGGAUUGUUCCUAUAGUGAGAGGUGACGGUAAUCAUGAACAUUUUUACCCCAAAAAUUCGUACAUAGAUGUGAGAGAUUUUAAAUCAAUUUCUGAUUUAGGCAAAUAUAUUAAAUAUUUAGAUAGAAAUGACACAGCUUAUAUGGAAUAUUUGAAAGCCAAAGAAAAUUACGUUGUUACUGAGAGUUUAGGUUCAUCUAUAGUAAAAUCACUUUGUCAAUUGUGUAAGAUGGUUCACAACCCUGAUAAAUGCAGGAAUAAUUACUCUAAUGUUCAAGAUUGGUAUAGUAACGGAACUUGUACAAAACCAAUUGAUUUAGAAAUAAAGAAAAAAUCCUGA